UAUUUUCUUUUUUUUAGUUAAUUUUGAAAGAAAAAUGACUACAGAUCCAUUUAAAUGGGAAGAGGCUUAUACUGACGAUAUUUGUAUACAAUCUGCACUUCAAGAAGAUGAAAAUGGUUCCAUGGAAAAUGCAAUUCGACGAAUCAUUUCUGAAGAAAAGAGACUUAGAAGAAAUGAAGGAAGACCGACUAGAAUACGUCUUGGAAUGGUUUUUUUUAAUUUUUUUUGGGGGGGGGGGGGGUUGCUGACCAGAAUUUGUUCUGAUUUUUAUUCAGGGUUUGUUUUUUUUAUUUCUAUGGGGUUCCCCCUUCCUUUCUGA